AUGGCUUUUACUCCUAGAGGUGGUGCUCCUCGUGGCAGAGGUGGCUUCGGUGACCGUGGUGGAAGAGGCGGCGGUCGUGGCGGCUUCGGCGAUCGUGGCGGCAGAGGUGGAUCAAGAGGAGGCUUCGCCUCGCGUGGCGGAGGAGAUCGUGGUCGUGGUGGCGCUAGAGGCCGUGGAGCACCCAGAGGAGGUGCCAGGGGCGGUCGUGGCGGCGCAGCAGGAGCCAGAGGAGGCGCCAAAGCAAUCGUUGAGCCCCAUCGCCAUGAAGGCGUGUUUAUCGCAAGAGGCAAAGAGGACAUGUGA